AUGGCCUCUGGGCUUCUCUACAAACGUGGACCGUCCUUGUUAGAUCGAAUGAAAUGGCAAGGAACAUUGGCUUCUAUGCAUUUAGUUAUUCCUUUAGAGAAAAGAGGAGUGUGGAAAGCAGUGGUCACGUCUCUAGCAAAGAAAGAACAAGUAGGAACAGCUCUAACGUAUAGAUGGGCACUAGACCAAGCAGAAAAAGCUGAGAUCCUAGAAAUGACAGAGCUCCCUAAAUGGAAAAUCGCGGGAGAGACUGCAGCGGUUGCGGCUGAAGCAAGGAUGGACGAAGUCGCAAGGAUAAUUAACGAUUGCCUGGAUACUGCAGUAGCACCAGGAGCUCUCCAGAUUUACAAGAGAGUUCGGCGGGACUUCCAGAAGUUUGCGGAGAAAUUUCGGGUUCCCGUUCAGGCGAUCCACAAGUUACGGAACCUCGCCUACCUUAUCGAUAAAGGAAGAACCAGAACAUUGAGCUACAAUUUGGCAGCGUUGACUCACUUCUUUGGUCCUUUACCGACAGUUGACGAUGAAAUCCAACGAGCACUCCUCCGCACAGGAAACAAAAAGAGACCUCCGGUCCGCCACAGGACGAAAGCAACUGGAGAAGAUGUGGAAAAAGUGGCUGGUUCCCUGUAUACACCCACGAAGGAUACGAUUGGUUCUUCAUUCGAUCCCACUUUUGAUGUACAGUACCUGCCUUACCAGGACACCGGCCUACCGAAGAAGUAUUUCAUGGUAGAGGAGGAACAACAGGAACUUCUCCAACUCUUUCGGUUCUGCCCACAGUGUGAAGAUUCCCGGCGGAAACACUGUGCGACUUCUCCAGCAAGGGACCGCAUUUGUCGUACACUUUCUCUGGACGAGAUGUUCUCAAGAAGGAGACCAGACGAAGCGUUGGGAAAGACAGAAGCGUGCUACUCCCAACGACAGGAUGUACAAGGGCAAUGUUGUGGCUGCAGUUGCAGCGAUAACAACAGGACUUCGACCGUCGAAUUGGAGCGGUGGGCGAAACAGUUUGGAUUGGCUCUGUUUUCGAAGUCCACCUUUUGGAGGUACUUCGGGAGGACCAAACCAGCUCUUGAGGAAGUGUAUGGACGUCAUCAGUCUGAGGUGUUGUCGAAAGUACGAGAACAUAACAAGGAUGGCUUGGAUCUCGCAGCCGACGGAGCUUAUGACAGCAGAGGUUACUCUGCUCUCAUCGGCAAAGUUCCGGUGUGUGACCUUGAAACAAAGCUCGUUCUUCACACUGAAGUUCUGCACAGGACGGAAAAUACCGGGGAAUGUCAGUGGAAGGAUGGAGAUUGA